AUGGAGAAAGCAGAUUUGGACAGUACCUAUAAUUCAGCUAAUAAAACAGGGGAACCUUCCGAUGAGAAUGAGCUCCUGGAAUCAACAACCAACUGUGGGAAAACUUUUCUCAGCUCAGUGCUUCACUUCAGCCAUUCAGGUUUCUAUACUGGCUAUUUUCAAAAGUGUGCGGCUUCAGCCUACCGGCACGGCCUCUCAACCCUCCCCUGCCGGUUCAUGGAAGGGGCCAACUCCCCACCGCCAGAUCAGCUGGAGCUCAUGGUGCUCGACCAGGACGAGCCAGACGAACGGACGGCUCUAAGCCCGUCCAUGGAAGGGGCCAACUUCCCAUCGCUAGAUCAGCUGGAGCUCAUGGUGCUCGACCAGGACGAGCCAGACGAACGGACGGCUCUAAAUGGAGCGAUUUCUAUCGCUACUUUUUCAGCCGACAACGAGUCCAACGGACUCCAGACUAUGAAGCAAAGCCCUUGGAGCUCAUGCAAUAAGAAGGUGGUGGGAAAGUGUAAACUGUGGAUGGUCAUUGCCUCCAUUUUCAUUGGCCUCAUUUUAGUCAUCAUCAUAAGCUUAUGUCUUAUUGGAGCAAAUUACAUCGAUGAAGAUGAAAAUGAAAUGCUUGAAUUAACAUCAAACAAAACUUUUUUCAUCAUGCUAAAGAUUCCAGAGGAGUGUAUUACUGAAGAGGAACUGCCAGUUCAGCUCACUAAAAGGCUCACAGAUGUGUACAGCUCUUCAUCAUCGCUGAGCCGCUAUUUUACCUCAGUUGAAAUCGUGGAUUUCAGUGGGGGCAAUGCCACAGUGACUUACCAUUUGCAGUUUGGGGUUCCAUCAGACGAUGACAAUUUUAUGAAGUACAUGAUGAGUGAAGAGUUGGUGCUAGGCAUUUUGCUACAAGAUUUCCAUGAUCAGAACAUAGCUGGUUGUGAAGCUCUGGGGCUUGAGCCAACAUCCUUCUCACUCUUUGAACGAAAUGGUGGAGGUCAGCCUGUGUCUGAAAAUGGAGCUCCAUUGAGUUUUGGAGAUGAAAAGACUUCAUUUAAUUUGACAGAAAGGACGGAGUGA